AUGCUCGCCAUAUACCCUUUGCUAAAACCGACUAGCUGGGGUAAAUGGCAAUGGAACGGGCCUGCUGGCUGGCAAGAAGAAGACGAGAAGACCGGUGAGGAGCCGGAUGUUUCGUCGACGGGGGGACGGGCCGAUGACCCUAAAGAUCCACAACAAAUCCAAGGCCCAACGACUUUCCCAUGGAUUUCCCGAUGGGCACAAGAAGUCAGAUGUCCAGAUACAUAG